AUGCCAUCGAUAUUCUCUCGUUCGGCUUCGACACCCAAGAAAAGCAAACUCCCUCCAACACCCCCAGUAUCGGGAUCCCAUCCGACUCCUCAACGGGGAGCUACUGUAGGCGGUGGGAGGGGUCAGUCACAGGGGAUAGGUGAAUUCGGUACAAUUUCAGGAAACAUAUCAAAGACACUUCCCAACAGACCCACGCAACAACAGCCACAACCUCUGACUCCCCCUCAUUCACCCGGCGGAUCAACUCCCCUCCUCCCUCCCAAAUUCACAUUCUUACCUACGCACAUUGCACCGCAGACAACAUCGAAUAAUUCAGUCGACUCCUUCUCGUAUCACUCGGAUGAAGUUACGGGAUUGAGACAAUAUGGGUUUCUAGCUGAAACUGGUGGGAAAAUGACGCUCGGAUUGACGGAAGUGGGACAAGUGCUGGAAAUGAUCAGCAAGGAAUUGAUAAGGAGAGGUCUCACCACACCCAUGUUAUUCUCCAACCAAGCUUUAGAGUUGAAUCAGACUCGAACUAAAAUGCUUAUUCAGGCUUAUCUAGAUAUCCUGACAUCAAAUUCCAGGUCGAAACAUGAGGCGUUCAAACGAGAUGUGACGUUUGCAAAAGAACAUGAAUUGGCUUGGUUACUCCGUUGGUCUCUUAGUCGAAUCGCUCGAAUCAAAGAGGGUGUAAGGGAAAUCUGCCAUGGUGUGCUAGAAUGGGAGGCGUAUGAAGAAUGGCGAGGCAGAGAAAGAGCUUCCGGAUAUCCCACCGAUGCAUUCCCUUUCCUCUCUCACAUAUUGCCUAACGAAGUUUACACUUUCAUCAUAACACCUCUGUUCCACCUCUUGUCUCGUUUCGCUGCCCACUCCCAUUUAUCUGGUCUCACACCUCACGCUCUAUCUUCCCUCUUCGCACCAUUACUUUUCGACAUACCCACCUCGUCGACAGCGAUGCAGGCUCAUGCGCAUUACGUCCGAGCAGCCUCGGCCACCGAGCAUCUUCUUCUGGCUUAUAUCCGAUCGACGAGUGCGAAGGGAUCACUGGGCCUGGCGGAUCUGCCAUUUCGAUUGAAAGAGUGGGUGACCGGUUAUCCAGCGAUGGUAGCUUCGGAUGGAGAUCUUGCUCGAGGUGGACCAAGAAAGGGCGCUAGAGUAGUGAGAUGUGAGAGGGCCUCAAGGACCGUCAGAGCAUAUUCGAAGGAUUUGAUCUGUCAAGCCGAAUUAUGGGUCAAUAACCUGCCGAUCGGAGAGAAAUGGGAUGCAUGGGACAGGGUGACUUGGAAAUCCCGAAGAGGCGAGAGUAGUCGCCCGAAGUUCUCCGCGGCAUAUAGAAGAAGAAUGAUGGUCAAAGAGAAUCAACCUCUACCUUCCUCUUCCAUUGGCGAAGGUAGACCGAUAUCCUAUGGAAGUGCCACAAAACCUUCUUUAGAUGGUGGACUGAAUAGAGGUUCAACAGCGAGAAGUAGGAAAGGUAGAUUGGUAACGAUAGAGGACGAUAAUGAAGAAGGUAGAUGGUCGAGUCUGGCAGGUAAAGAAUGGAGUAUGUUUGAAGAAGGUGGAUUUGACGCUCCUUCCCUUUCUUCUACUUCUACCACCUCAAAAACCGGAAGACUAGAGGGGGAUAUUAGGAAUAGAUUACAAUUCGAUCUGACUGAAAGUGCGAAGAUGAGUAUAGCGGAAAGAAGACGUACGAUGGAUUGGUCCGAAUUCGCCUCACCAUCAGGAGGUUUUAAUCGUACAGAUCCAUUGUUGGAUGUAUCUUUGACCUUCUCAGCACCGAUAGAGAAAGAAAUCACAGAUUGGCCUAAAGAGCGAGAUGAGCUUAGAAGGAGAUUACAUAAAUCACAGAAAGAUUCCGUACCAUUCAAUUAUGAUACUACACCUCGAUUUGGAACCAAUGCUUUCCCCGACGCCAAUGCGAGAAUGGAUGAUAAAGGAAGGGUGUAUGUGGAAGAGGCCUUUGUAGAUUGUUGGUGCGAUUUGAUGAUCGGUGCUGGGUGGAUGGACAGGGAGGAAUUGACUUUUAGAGAAGCCAAUUGGGCAUUGAUGGAAUACAAAGCGAAGCCUUCAAGGGUUGAUCCUAACACGCAGGAUGAUGAUCCACUGGGCGAUCCUAGGAAGUCGGAGCUGUAUUUUCUCUUUGAAGAAAGAGUUCCACCAGACUAUCAACAAGCCCUACUUACACCUGCUCAGAAGAAAUCUGCUUUUGGUUUAUUCUCACCAAAGAGCAAAAAACGUAACCAAAUGAUUCAUUCCGAUACCGUCAAAUCACGAUUAGGACAAGGCUGGGGCGAUGAUGAUUUCGAUAGGAUGUUGUUACAUCGCGAACAGACUAAGAAAGUGACUCUGACCAAGAGCGCAUCGGAUCAACCUUAUGCUUCUGUCUGGCAUAUGUCAAAUGAUACCUCCACACCCACAUCUCCUGUGAAACCUCGACCCAUCAGACGUACUCGAUCGAGCAGUGAGAAAGAUAAUACUGAUCUGAAAAUGCAUGAUACCAAAGGGUUAUUUUUUGGUUCCGCGAAGAAGAAUAUGAGGAGGGUGAAGUCGAAUGAGAGUAAAGAAAAGCCUAAUAUCAGUAAGAAAGAAAAGAAGAAUCAGAGAGAACAGAACGUAGAAUUUGAAUUGCACUCUGCUAGUGGUGUUAGUAGCUCGGAACCUAGUCCGAAAGAUGGGUUGAUUGGUCAAAAGAAAGAUGAUGAGAAAUGGAUGGAAAUCCUCGUGGCGAACGGGGCUAGAAGGAUGGACAGGCAAGAUGCUUUACCCCCUAUCCCUUAUCCCCAUCAAGCGAAUCUGGGAUUACCAGUCUCACACCAUCCACCUGCACGACAUUCUUCUCCAUCUGCUAUACCAGACCAACAUACCCCACCUCAAGAGAGGUUAUCAAGUGAAGAUGCCACUACUCCCCGUGCUACAGGUCCUUCGAUGGAAAGACAAAGAUCGAUCAGACGAAAAGCGGUAUCAUCAGAUGAAGAAGAUCUGAGCGAGGCAUUCGAAUCUGUUUCACCUACUUCUGGAAAUUUCAGUUACUCCGAUGAAGUUCAUUCGCUCGCACACCCCCAUACGGGUACUGCUGAUGAAGGAGAGUCUGGAUCCGGACCAGAAUUGUUGGCUCCUAUUCCUAGAAGAAGUCAUCGAGAUACUAGAGAUACGAUCCAUGGGAUCGUCGAUCAAUACAAUAGAGAUUCUAUGGACUCUCAGGACGAUCUGGAACCAUUGGAAGAAGGAGAUGGCACCAGAUUUGAUGAUCCCCAUGAAAAUACGGGGGAAGUAGGAUUGGAACCACCUGAAAAAGGGAUGAUAUUUGAUUUGACACCUGGGAGGGAACCUAGUCCGGCGAGGUAUAAGCAUGGUGAACCAUUGCAAUUUGUUGGAGAAGAACCGGAAGAAGAAGAUGAUUAUCAACACCCACCACGUCCGAUCAGGAUCGCAUGA